AUGACUUCGACAAUUGGCAUUCCCAUCAAGCUCCUGAACGAAGCUCAGGGUCACAUUAUUACUCUCGAAAUUACGUCUGGGCAGACCUACCGCGGCAAGCUUCUCGAAGCCGAGGACAACAUGAACGUCCAGCUCAAGGACAUUACCGUGACCGCCCGCGAUGGCCGCGUCUCCCACCUCGACCAGGUUUACAUUCGCGGCUCUCACGUGCGCUUCUUCAUCGUCCCCGACAUGCUCCGCAACGCGCCCAUGUUCCGCAGCAGUAAUCUCCGUGGCCGUGGUGUCGGCAUGGCUCGCGGACGUGCAACCGUCAGCCGUGCUCGUGCUGGUGGCCGCGGCGGUCGGUAA